UCGAUCCGUCGUAAUCCUGUCGGGGUGCAGAUGCUUUCUCCUUCUUUACAUUCGCAACUCUUCCCAGGAACCCCUUCCCCGAAACCUGACCAAGCAUUGAUAGAUCUUUCCAUCUCUCAUUUAUCGUCUCACGGUCUCUCACCUUCCGCCGCAUCAAUAAAUCCGGAAAUCUCCUUCGAUCUUCCUCCUCUUCAAGGUAAAAACAUUCGAGAACAUUUCUAUAACCUCGGUCAAUCCACAGCUGAGCCUUAUUUAUCCAUGGCAAAACAACUCGCUUCAUCUUCCAUUCCCCCUAUCCCAGAAUCUUGGGAGGUAGAAAGAUCAGGUUGGACUAAAUACUUUCCCGAUGGUCGACGAGAAUCUGUGGACGAUUUAGGAGAAGAGAAAUUGGUCAUUUUCGAUGUGGAAACAUUAUACAAAUUAUCUCCUUAUCCAGUUUUAGCAACUGCCGCUACUCCAACUGCUUGGUAUUCUUGGAUAAGUCCUACCGUUUUCGAGAACCCACCAGAAAUAAUUGCUCCCCCUCCACCUAAAUGGGAGAAACAAAUACAGAAACAUCAUCCACAUGAUCUCAUACCUCUUUUCAAAAAUGAUCAAUCAAAACCUAGAGUAGUCAUCGGUCAUAAUGUAGGAUACGACCGUGCACGUGUAUUGGAAGAAUAUUCUUUAGAAAGAACAUCGACAAGAUGGAUCGAUACAUUAUCACUUCACGUAGCUACAAGAGGUAUAACAAGUGUUCAACGUCCAGCAUGGAUAAAACAUCGUAAAGGUAAAAUGGAAAGAAAAACACAACAAAAUGAAGUUAUAGAAUUUUUACGUGAACAAGCUGAGAUUGAAGGUGAUCAAUCUUUUUUAUUAGAUGAUCUACCUUCAGAAUCAAAUAUAUAUUCGGAUGAUUCAAAUUCUGAAAUAGAAGCUAAAAGAUGGCAAGAUGUUACUUCUGUUAAUUCUUUAGCUGAAGUCGCUUCUCUUCAUUGUGGUCAUUCGGUGGAUAAAUCAAUCCGAAAUCGAUUUUCAGAUGAAACUAUCAAACAUGCUUCUAUGAUACGUUUGGAAUUACAAGAAUUAAUAUCAUAUUGCGCUAAAGACGUUAAAGUUACACAUGAAGUUUAUCGAAAAGUUUUUCCCUUAUUUCUACAAUCUUGUCCCCAUCCAGCUACUUUUGGAGGGAUCUUGACAAUGGGAAAUAGUUUCUUACCUGUUGAUGAGAGUUGGAGAAGGUAUUUACGUGAUGCUGAAGGAAAAUAUCAGGAAAUGGAGAAAGGGGUGAGGAAGGCUUUGAGGAUUUUGGCGGAUAAUCUGAGAUUACACGGAAAGGGAGAUGAUCCUUGGUCAGAUCAGUUGGAUUGGACUCCGAAACCUGCUCGAUGGGCGGAAGGGGGACCUGGCUUGGAACUUGAUCAACAUUCAUCCUCAUCACCAACAGUAUCAACUCCAACCUUACUAGCAACAGAAAGCAAGAUACCGGAUUGGUAUUCACCCAUACAACAAGAUCCUUCUUAUCUAAUUUCCACCAUGUCCCAACGCAAGCUCCUACCUCUGAUCCUCCGUAUGACCUACAAAACCCAUCCCGUCGCGUUUUCCCAUGAACAUUUUUGGUGUUUCAUGGUCCCACAUGACUCACACGAGAAGGUAAUGGAAUUCAUCGAUGUUCAUGGUCCCCCUCUUGAAUUAUCAUCCAAAGAUACUCAUCUUCAUCCAUUCCUUGAACAUUACACUUUCUUCCGUAUCGGUCGGACGGACGAGCCGAGAAAAUCGAAACUUACCGGAUCGUCAGUCAAGAGGCUUAUCGCGGCUGUAGAUCUAGAGACUGGGUAUCCGAGUUUAUUUACCAGACUGAGUAGCUCAGAUUUGGUAACUAUGCAGGAUGAAUUUCUUACAUGUGCAAAGGACAUGUUGGAUAAUGGAAGAGAUACUGUGUGGGGAAAACAGUUGGAUUGGUCAUUUAGCCCAAUAACUUCCACCAAACCUAGCAACACCAAUAGUUCUACCACCUCGUUAGAGCCGUCGGUGAAUGUCAAGGUCAGGAGGAGUGGGAAGAAGACAGAUCACGGAACUUGGCCUAAAUGGUAUUGGGACCUAACGGCACCAUCUACGAAUAGCAAGAUUCCAUUUGGAGAGCUCGAUUUGACCGUGAAGAAGAUCGUCGCUCCUUUACUUUUACGAUUGCAAUGGCAAUCUUAUCCUUUGGUGUAUAGUCGACAACACAAGUGGUUGUACAAAGUUCCCAAAUCGGUCGAAUCGAAUUCUUCCCACUCUGACUCGGAAGAAAGUUCAUCAAAGUCUGGUCCAUUGUCCAAGUCGGAAUCCCACAAGAUUAUAACGGAUUUAGUACAUUUCGAUCCUGUCAAAGGUGACGAAGCGUUGGCUGCGGAUAAAGACCACAUAUAUCUUCGACUUCCUCACAAAGAUGGCGAAGGUAAAAACGUCGGUAACCCACUUUCUAAAUCUUUUGUCAAAGCUAUCGAAUCAGGAGAAUUAUCUUCUCUCACUGCCGAUGGAUCAGAAGGUGAAACUACGGCUCAAGCAGCUCGUGACGCCACUCAACUCAACGCUUUAUGUUCAUAUUGGAUUUCAUCCCGAGAACGUAUCAUGGAUCAACUUGUUCAUUAUCCUUCUACUACAAGUGAACAAGGAAUGAUCCUCCCUCAAAUGAUCACCAUGGGAACUGUCACUCGUCGAGCUGUUGAAGCCACUUGGUUGACAGCUAGUAAUGCUAAACCUAAUCGUGUGGGAUCUGAAUUAAAAGCGAUGGUUCGAGCACCUCCGGGAUAUUCUAUAGUCGGUGCAGAUGUCGAUUCUGAAGAAUUAUGGAUAUCAAGUGUCAUGGGUGAUAGUCAAUUUGGGUUUCAUGGUUCUACUGCUAUAGGUUGGAUGACAUUAGAAGGUACGAAAUCAACAGGAACGGAUUUACAUUCGAAAACAGCUUCAAUAUUAUCAAUUUCAAGAGAUGCCGCAAAAGUUUUCAAUUAUUCUAGGAUUUAUGGUGCAGGUGUUAAACAUGCUAUUCAAUUAUUAUUACAAGGAGAUCCUACUUUAAAUAAAGAAGAAGCUUCAAAACGUUCAAGAGAAUUAUAUAAAUCGACAAAAGGUAUGAAAAUAAAAAGAAAUGAUCAAUUACCACCUUCAACAAUAGAAUCAAUUUGGCAUGGUGGUUCUGAAUCUUUUUUAUUCAACACUUUAGAAUCUAUAGCUUCUUCUGAAAAACCUUUAACUCCAGCUUUGAAUUGUGGUAUAACGAACGCAUUGAAGAAAUCUUAUUUAGAUGAAAGAAACGAUUAUUUACCUUCAAGAAUAAAUUGGGUUGUACAAUCUUCAGGUGUUGAUUAUUUACAUAUGUUAUUGAUUUGUAUGGAAUAUUUAAUUCGAAAAUAUGAGAUAAAAGCUAGAUAUAUUAUAUCGGUACAUGAUGAAAUCAGAUAUUUAGUAGAGGAAAAAGAUAAAUAUAAAUGUGGUUUAGCUUUACAAAUAUCUAAUGCUUGGACUAGAAGUUUGUUUUGUUAUAAUCUCGGUAUGAAGGAUUUACCACAAGGUGUUACUUUUUUCUCAUCGGUCGAUUUCGAUAUUGUUUGGAGAAAAGAAGUCACGAUGGAUUGUAAAACUCCAAGUCAUGAUUUGGUAAUACCUCCAGGAGAGAGUUUAGAUAUUUUACAGAUUUUGGAUAAAACGGGGAAAGAUGGAUUAGAAAUUAGAACCUCAUCCUCAUCAUCAUCAUCAUCGGAAUUACUCAAACAACCUCCUUUAUUCUCAAACAUCUCAUCACAUAAUCAUAUACUUUUCCUUCGAGCACAAGCUGAUAAAUAUUCUAUAGCAGCGAGAAAAUGGUUAGAUUCUCAAAAAGGUUUGAAAUUCGAUGGAAUGGUUUUACCACCUCGGAGGGAUAUAAGAAAAGUUCGGGAGGGUAUGUCUAAAGGGUCUCAUCAUGGUCCUGUCGGUUCUUCGAAAACAGAUCUGUCCAAGGUCGGUCAUGAUAAGUUGGGAUAUGGACCGUCUAAGAUGGCUGAGCAAUCGGAUGAAGAUAAGUCUGGGAUGGGUGAGGGAUUUGGGCGGGGUAAGAAGGAAUGGAAAGGUGGAGAGGUUGGGCGGGUCGGGAGGGGUGGAGAGGUUGGACUGAUAAGGAAAAAUGGGGAAGUUGAGAAGGUUGGACGGAUAAGGAAGGAUGGGAAGAACGGAAAGGUUCAACGAAAUGAAGGGAUAAAGAAGGGUGAAGAAGAAGAAGGAAUAAAAGAUGAAUUAGGUUAUUCAAAUUGGACAAAAGAAGAGAUAGAAGAAUUAGUGAGGAAUGCUGAUACACUUCAUUUAACCUUGGAAUGA